AUGUCGGCUGCGGGACAGGCGUAUUCACUUCGAGCAAAAGACCGACAUGAAAGGAUCGAAAUUCCAGAAUACAAUUACCGCGAGGGAGGUCUCAAAUCCCAAUACUUCCGAGGAGGUUGGUAUGUGCCAUCAGAACGCAGGUGGGAAAAGUACUACGAGCAUCAUUUUCUUCCGCCGCUGACCCGGAGAGAUGCCAUUGAUUUUUCGCGUGAGAGUGAAUACGUCGAUUUUAAACGGAAAACGAAUCAGCAUUAUGAGAAGUCUUUGCUGGGUCAUAUUCCUCAGUCCGUGCCCUAUGUCAAGUGGAAUGGACACAAACGCAUACCCCAGGAGCCGUGUACCUCCACCUUUGAACCAAAGUGCUUCGGUGAAAUUGAAUGGGAUGGUCCAGGUUAUUAUGGAUACUACCAUGAGGUAAUCUAUACUUACGUCGCUUGCGUUAUCAUUGUAACUUACUGA